AUGGCGAACUAUUCCAGUUCGCCGUUGUCGCAAAGUCCAUACGACCACAAUUACAAUGCUGUUGGCUUGGAUAAAAUUAAUAUGUUCAUAAGCACUUGCGAGUUCCUCGACUCAGUGUGUACGAGCGUGAGCAUCGCAGACGAUGCCGCCAUUUCAACACCCGACCUAGCCUUUCCCAUGCCCGCAUCUCGACAUGACCAACUCAUAGGAAACUACCAAGAACAACCCUGGAAUUCGGAAGAUGUUUCAUCCAAUCCUCAAAAUAAAGGACGACGUUCACAGUGGAAGCUAUUGCGAUGGUUCAUACAAAAGAUUGAUACCGACUACCAGUCUCUUCAACAGUAUCCUACCCAAGACGUCCCACCCGACUUGCAAGAGUGGUUAAUGCAUCACCGCCAGUCGAAGGAAGUUAGGAAAGUCGGCUUACGCGCGUUAGUAGAUAUACAACAGAAGAAUAUGGUCAUUAACUUUGGCGAAAUCCUUUGCGCUGUUAUUGUGCAACACGCUAUUUUCGAUUCUCCUUCGAAGAGAAAUGUGCUUGAAGAAGAUGUUGAGUCUGCGUUUAAUACAUGGAGUAACAUAAGCUCACUGUCGCAGCCCGAGCGAGACACUCUUAACUUUGUAUUACAACGAUUGGCCAUGUCCAACAAGCCGUCCUACGCGGAUGAUCGACUAUCACCCUCUUAUAACAUCUCCGAGACUCGCGUAUUGGGGACCGGGGCUAGAUUCCCAGAUCCUUCUUCAUAUCCACUCCUAAUACCCGACACCCAACUAUCCGAUAUACCAGGCAACUAUGGAUCCCAUGACUAUAAUGUCCAUGUACCCUCGUUGAAUUCGCCGCUUAAUUCUAUAUUCGCAUCAGAUCCGAAGGAUUACAGCGGCUCCCCUCUCUUCAACCCUCCUCACACACCUACCUCGCCCUCUCCAUGGGCACCCGGAAAUUCGAUAUUCUCCCCGAAUGUGAACUAUUCAUUUCAACCCGAUCUAAGCCCAUUCUCGUCGCAACAGGGCCCUGAACAGCUAUACGGACCGACCCAAUCGUUCAAUUACCUUAGUCCCGAAAACCAACCUGGCGUUUCCGAUUUAGACCAAUCAAUUCCCUUUAUCUCAUUUAUGAAGUUCUUGGAUGGCUUCAUGAACCUUGGCGACCUACAUCGUCGCUUCUCUCACGGUAUAGGUACUACCUACCGAGCUAACAUACCCGUCACAUACAAUGGCCGAGCUACCCAAAGUGAGUUCCUCAUGGACGCCGAACGCUCCCUCUUCACCCCGAUAGAGACGUCACAAAUAUCACAAGACUCUCUGGUGCGAGCUAUUAUUACGACUACGCGAUCAUUAGCUGCUCUUGGUUGGUUACGCUCGCUUGAAGAAACGGGCGAUUAUAUGGUUCAUCUAAGUAAAAACGUACUAGCCACCAAAGCAUCUUGUCGCAACUUCGCCCGAACGGUACUACGGUUUGUCUCGAAAACUUCUACGAGGGAGGGAUAUAAUGGACUCGUGGGAUCUAGGGGACAACUUCAAGAACAAGAGCAAGGGCUUAGGUCACGUUUAGACCAAAUCGAAAAUGAAUUCAAUGGCGAAUGCAACCCUGAACCUCUCCUCCGACCGCGUUCUUCUCGGCCGAGCGGUGGGCGGACGUUGCAACAUGAAGAAUCCUCUCGAGCCAGUAAUUAUCAACCCACGCUUUCUAGCGUCGUUUCUUCCAGGUAUGGUCUGGAUACUGCCACGGAGGGAUCGAGUGUCUACGAGCCAACCACUAAUACAACGCCCUCUCUGACUAGUACCGCGCAUUGCGAAGAAUGUGGCAAGACCUUCAGGGGCAAGCACAUCAGUUCGCAUUUGUCCCGACACAGAAGAAGCCACCGAGAAGCGGGUAGGGAUAUGUCGUGUCCCAUAUGCAACAAGAUCUUUCACCAUACACGGACGGACAAUAUUCGAACGCAUGUUAAAACUGUUCAUGGACAGGUACUCCCCGAGAACGGCAGGGAGUACUGGGCAUCCUUGCAACCUUGA